AUGAAGUUGAAGAAGAAAUCUGAGAAGAAGAAGUCUUCGUUUCAGGACAAGGGCCCUGCAGAGCUCACUUUGACCACCAGAGGUCAGAAGCAAAACAUCUCAGCUACACCCCUGAGCCCUCAUUUCCUCAAUCGCUGUCCUGGAGAGGGAGAAACGGAGGAAAAUGAGCAGAAAUACCGCUUCAUUCACAGUGAGGAGGAUGGAGACAGUAACAUGAAGGACCGCAGGCGAUGGAGGCGGAAGGUGGCAAGCAGCUCUCCAGAGAAGCUGGAAAAGGCCUUCAAGAUCAUCAACUCCAACCACCAGCCUGACCUACUGAGUCUCAGACAGCUUCCAUCUUUCCCUUUUGUUGCUCCCGUUCCUAAAAAUCUCAGAUACCUGGAAAGCUCUGAGCUCUACUGCCCACUUGUUAUGUUGCUGCAGACUUUUGGACGUUGCAUAUGGACCAGAGCAUCAGCGUGGUCCUGUUGUCCUCCCUGCACAGCCUCAGCUCCGUGGUGUUGCAGAACAAAUGACAAAAAGGGAGAUUUUUGUGCAUUGAAAUCUGCAGGAUGUGGCAAGAGGGGACAGAAUCCAAGAAAAGAAAUCCUAGAAAAUGAAUUGCAUGCUAUGAAUGUAAACAAGAGCAAGAGUAAAUCACCUCUCCAUUAUUCUUCCUGUAGUGUAUUUCAUUCCAAAAAUAAGAGACUCAUAUCUAUAAGUUCUUAA